AUGGCAGACUAGCAAAACAGCACAUUGAAACCUGUGAGAGGGCAAGCUAAUUUCUUAGCAAACACAACCAGAAGUGUCAUGUAAAAGAAAUUCAAGCUUAAUGAUGGUGCUUCAAAGUAUGUAGAAUAAAGUACUCUCCUCGAGCCUGCUAAUAAUGCAACAGCUCUACAACAUGGGCAAGAGGAAAUCAGGGAGGUUUCAACUUAGCUUUCUCAAAUCAAGAAAAAGCAUGAUGAAGCUAAGAAGUUAGUUAUUCAAAAGUAAUAGGAACUAGAGAUAGUCAGGAAAGAGAUCGAGAUGCAUUCAAAUCUGGAAAGCACUGCUGAAGGGCCAGUUUUCCAAAUCAGAUCUAGACUUGAGCAACUUUAAGAUGCCCUCGAUACAACAAAACUUAAAAUUGACGAGGAGAAUCUAGCUAGAAACACUUACUUGCAUAUCCUAGAUAGAAUGAAGAAAGAUCACAUUUCAACGAAGAUACAAUCAAAUGAAUUUGAAACUAGUUUGAGAUCGAAAAGUUAAAUCCUAGAUAUUGAACAAAAUAAACAAAGAAAAACUAAAGAAGAAAGACUUUAAUCGAAAGCAAUAUUUGACAAUCUCAUGAAAAACAUUGAAAAGGAGUAGAAAGACAGAUAAGAAAGAAUAUUAGAGCUAUAAAAAUGCAUUAAAAACAAAGAGGAAUCUGUAUAAAGAAGGAUUGAAAGAUAAAGAAGAAACCAAGAAAUAGCUGAAGCAGCUGCUAACGAAAAUAAGGACUCAUCUGAGCUUAAAAUGAGAGAAAACCUUUACAUUUAAAAAUUGUGGAACGCUUUUAUGAGAAAGAAGAUGGAAAAAGAAAUGAGGCAAUCUCAAACAAUUGAUGAAGCUUUUAAAUCAAUAAAAACUGCCACAGGUGUUACUGAUGUUUAGGAAAUGGUCAGGAAGUUCCUCACUAGAGAGUAAACUUACUCAUAACUACUUAUGGCUGUAUCUGAGAGUGAAAGAAAGAUCGAUAAACUAAAGAAGGACAAUGAAGAACUUAGAGGAAGGCUCCAUGAGUUACAAAUUGACGUCAGCGCUGGUGCUGAAAACAAUGGCUCAAUGAUGGACGAGGAAAUCAUUGAAAUGAAUAGCACUCUCAAUAAUGUGAAGAAAGAUUAUUCAGCAAUUUAAGAAAAAUUCAAGAGAAUAAACAUUGUGAAUGAUCAAAUUAGUGGCUGGGCUAAAAGAGUUUUCGGCAAAUUUGCAGCACUAAUAGAUAGUAAAUCACUUCAGCAAGGCCAAACAGAUAUUGUUAAAAUUUUCGAGGGAAUGAACAUAGUUGUUUGUGAUGAACUCAAGAGAAUGAUUGAAAAGCAGUUGAACUAGGAGGAUGAAGACAAAGGAAUCGAGUACGGAGAUGUUUUUACUGAUUUUGCAACUGAAGAUUUCAUAAGCAAGAAUAUAAGAGUGAGACCAGUUUCAGGAGUCACUCACGCUGAUGAAACUAAGGAUGGGAGAUAGAGCAAUGUGUCUAGAGCUCAAGUUACAGAUGGAAAUGAAGAUGGCGAAGAUAACUACAACAAGUUCGCACAACUCGAAUUAGAAGAUUAGAGAAAGGCAAUUAAGACCAAGCACAGAGAUGCUCUUGAAGAAAUUAAAAGAAAGCAGCUUCUUGCUCAAAAGGAGGCUGAGGCAAAGAAGAAAUAAUGA